GCCAGGGGCGGGAGCGGCGGCGCCUGCGCGUCUUGUCGGGGUCGGCCGGCGGGUCCCCUGGGCUGUCCACCUGCGCGUCGCGAAGCCGCGCCCCGGGGUCGAUGGCGAUGAACUACAACGCCAAGGAUGAGGUGGACGGCGGGCCCCCGUGCGCCCCGGGGGGGCCCGCGAAGACCCGGAGGCCCGACAACACGGCCUUCAAGCAGCAACGGCUACCCGCCUGGCAGCCCAUCCUCACGGCCGGCACGGUGCUGCCCACCUUCUUCAUCAUCGGCCUCAUCUUCAUCCCCAUCGGCAUCGGCAUCUUCGUCACCUCCAACAACAUCCGCGAGAUCGAGAUUGAUUAUACCGGAACAGAGCCUUCCAGUCCCUGCAAUAAAUGUUUGUCUCCGAAUGUGACACCUUGCAUUUGUACCAUUAACUUCACACUGGAAAAAUCAUUUGAGGGUAAUGUGUUUAUGUAUUAUGGACUGUCUAAUUUCUAUCAAAACCAUCGUCGUUAUGUGAAAUCUCGGGAUGAUAGUCAACUAAAUGGAGAUUCUAGUGCUUUGCUUAAUCCCAGUAAGGAAUGUGAGCCUUAUAGAAGAAAUGAAGACAAACCGAUUGCUCCUUGUGGUGCUAUUGCCAACAGCAUGUUUAAUGAUACAUUAGAAUUGUUUCUCAUUGGCAAUGGUUCUUAUCCUACUCCUAUUACCUUGAAAAAGAAAGGUAUUGCUUGGUGGACAGAUAAAAAUGUGAAGUUCAGAAAUCCCCCUGGAGGAGAAAACCUGCAAGAACGAUUUAAAGGUACUACAAAGCCAGUGAACUGGCUUAAACCAGUUUACAUGCUGGAUUCUGACCCAGAUAAUAAUGGAUUCAUAAAUGAGGAUUUUAUUGUUUGGAUGCGAACUGCAGCAUUACCUACUUUUCGUAAGUUAUAUCGUCUUAUAGAGCGGAAGAGUGAUUUACAUCCAACAUUACCAGCUGGACGAUACUAUUUGAAUAUCACAUACAAUUACCCUGUACAUUCUUUUGAUGGACGAAAACGGAUGAUCCUGAGCACGAUUUCAUGGAUGGGAGGAAAAAAUCCAUUUUUGGGAAUUGCUUACAUCGCUAUUGGAUCCAUCUCUUUCCUUCUGGGAGUUGUACUGCUAGUCAUUAAUCAUAAAUAUAGAAACAGUAGUAAUACUGCUGACAUUACCAUUUAAUUUUAUAUUCUGGAAACAGAUCUACUGCAUGUGCAUCAAGGCCAGUCCUAGUCAACCUAGCUUUCAAAUGCCGAUAUCUGGUUAGUAUGUCAUUUUGGAGUUGGCACAUAACUUUUUUUUUUUAAAACAGCCUUUGUCCUUUGCUUCUUCCCUAUGGGGGACUUAUGAAAAUAUAUGACGGGUAUCAAAAAAUUAGCUGUAUGGAUUAAUAUCAACACUGUAACUGCUGAAAUGGCAUUCUUAUGUGUGCUUAUUAGUGGGACAGGCCACCUGAUGCAUAGACCCUCUUUCACGUGACAUGCUUAAAUGUUUAUACCGUGCUGUUGAUGCGAAUAUUGACCUGUGAUACUACAUAUGUGUGCCUAUUGUGUGAAGAAAGGGAUUGCAAGAUGUAUGAGUAUAAUGACUCGCUAACUUACCAAGAUUCAGAGCCACGGAAAGAUGAAGAAGACCAAAUCUAAAUAAAACACAUCAUUGUUUUCACAUGUUGUGUGUAAAGGCUUAAAGUACCAUCUUUGUUGAUUUGGUUCAUGUAUUUACUUUGUCUAGUAUAGUUCUUUGUCAAGCUUAUCUUUGAUUUCAAAGGACACACUUACCUUGUCUGUCAUAGGGAUUUAGUGUUCAUGUCUGUAAAAGGUCCCAGGCAGGAGAUUUUAAAAUUCCUCUUUCCAUUUGGUUGAAUGCUGCAGUCAGCAUUCCUGACUCACUUGGAACUUUUUUUACAUGUGAUCAUUUCCCAUGAAGUUUACACUUUAUAAGGGAGGAAAGAAUACAGGUGAGAUGGGCAAACUGCUUCACCUUCUGCAUUUACAGAUGUAAAUGUUCAAAGGAGACGGUUUUCAUUCUUGUGGUAUUUAACAUUCAGAAAAUUACUUCAGCAUUGGAAAUACCUCAAGCUGUUUUUAUUUUGCAGGUAAGUGUUUUGACUUAAGUACUAAUAUUUUAUCCCAGAAAUUAUUGAAAGCAGUGACCCUAAUUUCCUCUGGAUUUCAGUUUUUGCAUAUAGGUCAAAUGAUUAUGUGUAUGCACAUUCCCUUUAGUUAAGGUACCAAUUAUUUUGGUUGGUUUUCCUAAGACAUAAUUUAAAAAGAUGUUCUAUAAAUUUCCUAAUUAAAUUCUGGAGACUUUGGAGUAUGUAUAUGAUAAAUUAUAAUAUAUAUGGUUGAAGUUAUUUUAUUUUUUACUAACUGGAGUUAUUUUAAUAUUUCUUAUUGAAUAAAUGCUGUAAUUUGUUUGCUAUGGAACUUAUUCUUAAAGUGAAUGUAAACUUAUUUUUCCACAUGCAUGAAAAUGUAUGUAUUAAUCAGAGGUGGCUUAAAUGCAUUAAAAUUGCUUUUUUUAAAAACUAUAUUUAAUUCAUAUGUUUGUGUAGAAGAAUGCCUGUUUCUUCAGAGCUUGUAAUGUUUUCCUUUAAUUAUAUUUUAAAUCAAAAGGUCUGGGUAAUGUAUCAAUUUUGAUUAACAUAUGCUUUUUUAAAAUAACAAAAAACAAUGUAAUGGUUAACAGUAGAAAUGUGCCACACUUCUUAAGUUUUGUAUAACAUAAAAUUCGGUUAAAAGAACAUGUAAUUCAUAAUGACUUUUAGCUGAUAAAAACAUUACCCGCACGAAGUACUUGAUGUAUAGCUAUUCUGAAAUUUCUGAGUAUGUAGGAUAUUCUUUGUGUAAAAAUAUUCUUUGUUUUGUCAGUCUUUCAUAAUGUUAUUUGCUCUGAAAAUUGUCUCUCUUGCAUGAGGCAGUUUAAUUUUCUGGGAUACACCAUUGGUGGAGGAGUUUUCUGCCAGACUUUCCAGAUAGAACCUGCACUGUUUAAGGAGGACUGUCAUCCUGCAACUCUUUUCUAACUGGGGGACGAGGGUGUUUCUUAAGAAAUGCUCAAGAGCCCUUCCGGCACUUUCUCAUCUGUGGAGAGGAUGGAAUCUCAAAAUGUAUUUGGAGUUUUGUCUGUUUUACAAAUAUAUUGAUGUCCCAUGUUCCUCCCUGUUUUUUGCUGUUUGAGCUUUAAGGGCUUCUUGUUACUAAAUAUGAAGAGUGUAGAACAUUCGAAUGGUUUCUGUGAAGCACGGUGGGGGGGCAUUACUUUUUCUUUCUUACAGGCUUUAUAUCCAUCUUUUGGAAACAUUGAUGUCAUAUCAACCCUCAAAGAAUUGUAUUGCAUUUUAAGACAGCUAGGUUAAGUAGAAGGCAUUGAAGAAGGCAUUAGUUUACAGGAAGUAUUUUGAGGUAUGAAAAGUUUGCCAAUUGAAGAAAUUAUUCAGUAAGUAAAAGCUAAGACAUUUCCUUGAAGUUAUAAGGCAGUUUAAAAAUAAAUUGAUAAAAAUAACUGUGUACUACUACCUAAUAGGGAAUCAUUCAGCUAAGAGGAGAGUCAAGUGAUUGUUAUUUGUUUAUUGGCUAGUGACAGAGAUUACUGGUAACCUUAAUUAUAUUCAAAGAUAACAUUCUGUUAGUAUGUUCUGUAUUAAUAAAAAUGAAGAAAAUUAAU